AUGAGCUUUUUACGCCUCGGUACAGGCCUUUCUUGCGCUCUCCGGUCUACUCGACCUCGCAGAGUCCUGCCAAUUGCCCAUUCUCCGUCCUUUUCGCUCCCCUGCCGCAGUUUUCACGCUGCGCCAUCACUGUGGGGAAUCAAGUCCCAGGUCCUCAAGGAUGUUGGUGAAGGGAUUACGGAGGUUCAGAUCAUCCAGUGGUAUGUCGAGGAGGGUGCAUAUAUAGAGGAAUGGAAACCACUUUGUCAAUAUCAAUCGGAUAAAGCAGUCGACGACAUUACAUCAAGAUACGAGGGUGUGGUCAAAAAGCUUCACUUUCAGGCGGAUGACACAGUCCCAACGGGCAAGGCGCUUUGCGAUAUUGAGGUAGAAGAUGGGAAAUACUUUGAGGACAGUCCGCCGCCUGCGCCGGAACCAGUUCAGCCAAGCCCAGCCCCUGUAGCCACUCCACAAAAGCAGCCCGUGGAGGAGAUCGCACCUACUCCUACGACAAGUGAGAUGCAAAAUGGGGCACCGAAGUCGCGAUAUGCAACCCUUGCAACCCCGGCAGUGCGUGGUCUACUCAAGGCUCAUAAUCUUGACAUACAAGAUAUUCCGGGGACCGGCAAAGCUGGGCGAGUUCUUAAGGAGGAUGUCCAUCGGUUUAUAGCCUCGCGGGACUCGGCGGCUACAUCAGCAGUCACGACAAGCGCGUCGCAAACAGAGACCGCUGUCAACAUGACUCCUUUCCAGUCUCAAAUGUUUAAGACCAUGACCAAGUCGCUCAGCGUACCUCACUUCCUGUAUGCGGAUGAACUGAACAUCAACCAGAUCACUGCCAUGAGGAAGAAGCUGGCCAACGACCCUAAAGACCCCCAGAAAAUCACAUUCCUCUCAUUUGUCGUCAAGGCGGUCUCUCUUGCACUGAAUGAGUAUCCUCUCCUCAAUGCGAAAGUGGACACGAGCAAUCCUGACAAGCCGCAACUCAUCAUGCGACCCAGACACAAUAUCGGCGUCGCUAUGGACACACCUAAUGGCUUGAUCGUCCCCAACGUCAAGGACGUUGCCGGUCGUUCGGUCCUCGACAUUGCAUCUGAAAUCUCGCGGCUGAGUGCCCUGGGUCGGGAAGGUAAACUCACGCCUGCAGACCUUAGUGGCGGUACCAUCACCGUUUCAAACAUUGGGAAUAUCGGAGGUACUUACUUGUCCCCUGUGAUCAUCCCCAACGAGGUGGCUAUUCUAGGCAUUGGAAAAUCGAAGACCGUGCCCAUCUUUGAUGAGGUAGGCCAGGUGACCAAAGGCGAACUGGUGAACUUCAGCUGGAGCGCAGAUCAUCGCGUGGUGGACGGGGCGACCAUGGCAAGGAUGGCCAACAAAAUCCGGGGAUUCAUCGAAACGCCAGAGCUGAUGCUUCUAAACCUCCGAUAG